ACCCAUCACCUUCCUUCCAUCCGACUCCACACUCCACUCUCUCCCACCUCACCUCGCCCUUGCCUUUUUAGAGAGAGAAAGCCCCGGCUCCUCCCAGCCGAGCGAGCUAGAGAGAGAAACGCAGCCGUCCCCGGCAGGAGUGUGAAGGAGAGAAGGCUGUGCGAAGGGAGAGGGCGGCAUGGAGAGGCCGGCGCCCGUGAGGAAGUCCCACACGUCGACGGCGGACCUGCUGAUCUGGCCGGAGGGGGCGCCGCAGGAGCCGUUCGCCGGGGCCACGCCGCCGCCCAACCGCCGGCCGCACCAGCCGUCGGAGGCGGUCAGGAAAGUGGUGUUCGGCGGCCAGGUGACCGAGGAGGAGGCCGAGAGCCUCAACAAGAGGAAACCAUGCUCUGCUCCCAAGUGGAAGGAGAUGACAGGAAGUGGCAUAUUUGCAGCUGGAGGCGAGGUUGAAGAAGAUGAAUCCGCCAAUGCCUCUGCAACUCCCAUCCGAACGGCUCCAAAGAACUACCAGCAUGCAUUUUUUGGGGGGGCAAUUAGUACUAUAAGCCACAUCUCAUUUGCUGAGGAAGAAAGCAUUUCUCCAAAGAAGCCGACUUCCAUAGCUGAGGUGGCAAAGCAGCGUGAGCUAAGUGGCACCCUUCUGAGCGAGGAUGACAGCAAGAUGAAGAAGCAGAUAUCUGACUUGAAAUCCAAGGAGCUCAGCGGCCACGACAUCUUUGCUCCUCCAGAAGAUCCGCGGCCACGCAACUCGGAGAACGGCUCAACCUCGCAGACACCGGGCAAAAACGCAUAUGUAAGCAACUUCAAGUUUGGUGAAGCCGACGAAGACAGCGUGGUGAAGACGGCAAAGAAGAUCCCCACGAAGAAGUUCAGCGACCUGACUGGCAAUGGCAUUUUCAAGGGGGACGACGUCCCCGGGACGGCGGAGAAGCACCUGAGCACGGCGAAGCUGAAGGAGAUGACCGGCAGCGACAUCUUCGCGGACGGGAAGGCCCCUUCCCGGGACUACCUGGGCGGGAUCCGCAAGCCGCCCGGCGGCGAGAGCAGCAUCGCGCUGGUCUAACAGCAGCAGCUGCUGCAGAAGCUACAAUAACAACCUGAUGGACAUAGCAGCCCCUACCUCAUUCAUUUCCUCCUCGUCGCCGUCGCCGUUCCUAGGAGUUUCUUCUUUUUUUCUCUCUCUUCCCCCAAGGACUGAUCGAUUGGAACCGCCGGUUUGCUUUCCUGUUUCACGCGACUUCGCGCCAGGGUAUUCUCGUGAUCGUUGUUAAUCCACCUCUGAUGGUGGUGGUGUGUGGGUGCGACAGCAACGAUGGUUGUCUUGUCUCUAAUUUAACAUUGAUGAUUUGGUUUGCGCUUUGUUGGUUGGCUGGUCGGUCGUGCCCAUGGGCCAUGGCGUGGCGUACCUGAUGUAACAACAACCUAGUGUUGCAUUGUCUGAUUCCGUGACUCUCA